UUAACUAUUUUUUUUUCUCCUUUCAAGUCUUACGUCGUCUCUUUACUCGUUGACUAUACGCCACCUUCUCCUCUGCGAAUUUCACCGGACGCAAUUUUUUUUUCAUCGUAGUUGUUUUUCCGCAAUUCGUAUUCUUUUCACUACGUUUCGUGACACCUACAGCCUAUCCCUACACGGCGGCCAACGAGUCAUGCAGAGCGCCUUGAAAAGCAGACAGUUUGUGAAAGAAGGUCCCACGAAAAACGUCAGCAUCAACGUCAACUAUGACAAGCUGGAGCAGAUUGGCGAAGGGACGUAUGGGGUUGUGUACAAAGCGCUAGACAAGCAGACCAACAAGUUUGUUGCUCUGAAAAAAGUCAGAAUGGAGUCAAGUGCAGAAGGUGUACCUUCGACAGCCAUGAGAGAGAUUUCAUUGUUGAAGGAAAUAAACCAUGAAAAUGUCGUCAAACUCUAUGAUGUCAUUAUGUCUGACAAGAAAUUGUUUCUUGUAUUUGAAUUUAUGGACUAUGAUUUAAAAAAAGUAUUAGAAUUGCGCAGAAAAGAAUUUGGAUUUGGAUUACCUGAACCUCAAAUCAAGAGUUACUUAUACCAAAUACUAAAUGCGUUAGCAUAUUGUCAUAUUCAUCGCAUAGUUCAUCGAGAUCUGAAGCCACAAAACCUUUUGGUAAAUACUGCUGGUGGUAUAAUCAAAUUGGCAGACUUUGGAUUAGCUAGAGCAUUUUCAUUUCCCCUGCGUAACUAUACACAUGAAGUUAUAACUUUGUGGUAUAGAGCACCUGAGAUAUUAUUAGGAGCUAAGGUGUAUACCAUGGCUGUAGAUCUUUGGAGCCUUGGGUGUAUAUUCACAGAAAUGAUGACUUUGAGGCCAUUAUUUCCGGGCGAUUCAGAAAUUGACCAGUUAUUUAGAAUUUUUCGGACUCUCGGAACUCCAACAGAUGUUACAUGGCCUGGAGUACAUAAAUUACCAGAUUUUAAACCAUUAUUUCCUCUAUGGGAAGCACGUCUCAUUGAAGAAUUCUUACCUGAACUCUCUGAUAAAGAUCAACAAAAUGUUUUUUAUGCAAUGUGUACCUACAAUCCGGCAAACAGAAUGUCGGCUGAAAAAAUAUUGGAAAUGGAUUAUUUUCAUAGUUUAAGACUGGCAUCUCUACCGGAAACACCUUAAAUAAUAUCGAUAAUUUUUAACUUUUAUUUUAGUGAGUUAUGAAUAUCUGGUUUAUUUUGGAGUGUUGAGGACAUUCUAGUUAUACCAAAUUAAAUUUUAAAUUUUAAAGUGUAAAUAGUUAGUAAAAUACAACCAUUGACCAAAAGUUAAAAUUGAAGUUAAUAUUAUGACUUGCUUUGGGCCAAAAACAUAUGUAUAAAAAAUAAUCGACACAAGUUCAAACCUGUAACAAGAUAAAUGUAUUCCAUUUUUUUUUCUUUUUGUUAAAAAUUUUACUUUAUUAUGUAUUGAAUUUUGUUUUGAUUUUUUUUCCCUUAUUAAUUUUUGUUUAGUUAAAUAUGCAAUUUAUCCCAUUAUUACUCUUGUACUUACUGUAUUAUAUUUUGAUUUUGUAUCAGUAUUCGAAUUAAGCCAUUUAUUUAUUUAUUAUUAUUAUUCUUAUUAUUAUCAUUAUCAUCACACAAUGUGCAUAUUGUACCAUAUAUCUAAAACAUUAAAACCCAACAUCUCAACUAUGCUGCUAAUGUCAGGAACUGUAAAUGUAGUAACCCUAUGCCACAUCUGGAAUGUUUUUAUAAAAAUGUUCUGCACAGUAGAUGGACAAAUAUAUAAUUCUUAAUUAUU